UAACUUAGGUUUUUUUUUCCAGAUAAGAACAAAAUCAAAAAUGUCAUUAUUUGGUGGGACAAGUUCAUUUAGCUUUGGCUCUUCUUUGACAACAGCGUCUAAAGAUGUUGAAGUACAACAACCACCAUCUGAUACAAUUAGUUGCUUGAAGUUUAGUCCAAACGCAAAUUUUUUGGCAGCUACUUCUUGGGAUAAUAAGAUUCGCUGUUGGGAGAUUCAAGCAACUGGAACAAGUGUACCAAAAGCUGAACAAUCUCAUUUGAAGCCAAUUUUGUCUUGUUGCUGGCAUGCAGAUGGCACAAAACUUUUUUCAGCUGGUGCUGAUAAUCAAGCAAAAAUUUGGGAUCUGGCUUCAAACCAAGCUGUAGUCUGUGCUCAGCACGAUGCUCCAAUUAAAACAGUUCACUGGAUUCAAGCACCAAACUACCAGUGUUUAAUGACAGGAAGUUGGGAUAAAACUCUUAAGUUCUGGGAUACCAGACAAUCCACUCCAAUAAAAUCAUUUAACACAAUGGAAAAGGUUUAUUGUGCAGAUGUAAUAUAUCCAAUGGCAGUUGUAUCAACUGCACAACGUGGAAUUCUUGUAUACCAGUUGAUGAAUGAACCAGCAGAAUUUAAAAAAAUUGAGUCACCUCUUAAAUACCAACAUCGGUCUAUAGCAAUUUGUAAAGAUGCAAAUGGUGCCCCUACUGGUUUUGCUCUAGGUUCUGUUGAAGGUAGAAUAGCUAUGCAAUAUAUUCAACCUGCAGAUCCAAAAGAUAAUUUUACCUUCAAGUGCCAUCGUUCAGAGGUUACUAGUGCUAACCAAGUUCAAGAUAUAUAUGCAGUAAAUGACAUUGCUUUUCAUCCACAACAUGGAACCCUAGCAACAGCAGGAUCUGAUGGCAAAUACAGUUUUUGGGAUAAAGAUGCAAGAACUAAGUUAAAGACAUCUGAUGGUUGUCCUCAACCAAUCACAGCAUGCUGUUUUAAUUUUGAUGGGAGUAUAUUUUCUUAUGCUAUUGGUUAUGAUUGGACAAAGGGUCAUGAGUUCUAUAACACCAAUUUAAAACCUGCAAUUUUUUUACGAAACUGUGGAGAUGAACUAAAAUCAAGAUCAAAAAAAUGAAAUCUUUAUUUAAUAAAAGUUAUCAUUGUGAUGUUAUCAUUAUAAUAUCGUUGUGAUAUUUUUAACAAAUUGUUAUUGAAAUAAGUUUGUGAAAAGAACAGAAUCUGUUUUAUGAAGGACUAUAAUCAAAGAGUAAUAUUAGGCUCAUAAAUGUGUAAAAAAAUUAAAAUAUAUUGUGUUUACAAAUCCAAAA